AUGAGCGCCGAUGCCAUCCGCGUGAACGCCCACGCGCUGGCGCUGGUCCUGAAGGCAGCUGAACCCCGAGCGCCGCUGGUCGAUUACCACGCCGCCCUGGGGCCGCUCCUCGUCAAGGGGCACCCCCAGAUCGCGGAGACCAGGGCUUUUCUGGGGGACCUCACCGAAUGCCGCCGCAAUCUUUUGUCCGCGUUGAGAACCACGGACAGCGAUGCGAAGGCCGUGGACGCGUCCCUGGCUGCCUACCUGUCCAAGCUGCAACACUUGAUCCGGCCCCUUGAGGGCCAUGGCACUCAAUCACCUGAGCCGGGGCCCCCUUGGGCGGACGCCGGCGUUGCGGCCGCCGUGUCUGUAGAGUGGCGGCACGCGCUGAACGAGGGCGCGGGUGCCGAGGCGAGGAUGGCGAGGGCGGACGCAGCGCAGCCGAGGGGCGACGUGAGAUUUGAGAUGGCGUCCGUGCUGCUGAGCGUGGCGAUGUGGAAGGCGUCCAAGGCGGCGGCGGUGGUGUGCGGGAUGGCCACCGGGGCGGACAAUUCGCUGGUGGCGCAGGCACACCAGCUGUAUCGAGAAGCUGCUGGGGUCGUUCAGCACCUCUCAGAUAAACAUGUGGAGGGGCUUGGUGCACAGAAGGCUGGGGACCUGGACGAAAAUAUUCUGGCGGGUCUCUACAAAUUCAUGCUGGCAGAAGCAGAGAGUUUGACAGUCCUCAGGGCCAUUGAGAAGGGCAAUGUGUCUUCCUUGAUAGCUGGCCUCGCCUUGGAUGUGUCCCAGCUGUAUGCACAGGCCUUCGAAUCUGUUCAACAGGCAGUGGCGCCAACGGUACAGGCACUUCAGGACUCGGCACCCCACCGGAGGGCACAUUCGCGGACCAGCUCGCAGGAUAUGGGCGUCAAGGGCUGGACAGGAUAUUGCAGAAAAUUUGGCAGCUAUCUGAGAUACAAAGCAGCCUGUUUCAAGUCAUGCAUGCUUGCAUACCAUGCAUUGGAUCGCAUGCAGGCUACACAAGGUGGCGAUGCUGUUCGUCUGUCGCAAGAGGCCGAUCAAAUCCUGAGAACGGCAGCGAUUCUUGGAAGAGAGUAUGAUGGCCUCCCGCCCAACGCGUCCGAUUAUCAGAGGCAGACCUUUGCAUUCCAUCUUAGCGACCGUGUCACCAAAAUUGAGGCACAGUGUCAGAAAGACAAUGUGUCAGUCUACAUGCAGAAUGUGCCGGACACUCUGCCAGAGCUUCCUGAGGCAAAGCAGCUUGUCUCUGCCAUUGAUUAUUCCUUACCUCCACCUGAGCCCUCUAUUGAUUAUUCUUUGUUCUCCUGCUUCGAUCUCACGCAGUCAUCAGAGCAUGUUGUGGAUGUUGUGGAAGAGGGCAAGCCAGUUGUUGAGAAACAGGAAGGGGCUUGGUGGAGGUGGCUGCUUGCUGCCUUUGCCAUCCCUUUCUUGGUGGUUGCGAGUGUGUUGGGCAUGUUGGUGUGGAUAAUUUUGCUGCCUGUCAAGUUGUUUUGCUGCCCACUAGGGUUUGCCGCACAGCUGAUGUGGGACAUAACAGAAUGGGUCAUCAAGGCACCAGCUCGCGUGGCUCUUUGGGCGUCCGGCAAGCCGUGGAAGCCGGAGAAGCGGGAUGUUCGCAACUUGGAAUCUACCAGGAGCCUGACAAUGGGACAAAUACCAAGCUCAUAG